AGGGGGAGCGGCGGCGCGGAGCCCUGCGCGCACCGCCCGCCCCGUCCCGCUCCGCCUCUGAGGCGCGCCGAGCGCUCGGUGGCCGCGCACCGCCCGGCGAGAAGCGCCUCAGCUGCCGCCAGCCUCGCGCGGAAAAAGGCGAGCGCCUUCCGUCCGCCCGCCCGCCCGCCCACCCGUUGUUGGGGACCCGUCCGCACGCCGAGCCGCCGCCGCACGCACGCCCGCUCGGGGGCCGGAGCCGCUGCCUGCGGACGCCCGGCGGGGCCGCCGGCCAUGCGAGCCCGGCCCGCGGGGGGCGCUCCGUAGAGCGCGGGCGGCCCCGCUCGGCUCGGCUCGGCCGCUGCCAGCCGGCGGCGCGACCCCCGGGCCUGCGCGGAGCGGCGCGGGCAGCCCAGCGCAGCGUCCCCACCGCCGCCACGGGGCUGCGGAGCUGCCGGCGCGGCGAGGCGCGGCGCGGCGAGGAGCGCCCCGGGGACGCGGCCCGCGCGGCACCGCCGGUGCCCGGCGCCGCUGGCCGCCAUGGGGGAACAACCUAUCUUCAGCACCCGAGCUCAUGUCUUCCAGAUUGACCCAAACACUAAGAAGAACUGGGUUCCCACCAGCAAGCAUGCUGUUACUGUGUCCUACUUCUAUGACAGCACAAGAAAUGUCUACAGGAUAAUCAGUUUGGAUGGCUCAAAGGCAAUAAUAAACAGCACUAUCACCCCCAACAUGACAUUUACUAAAACAUCCCAGAAGUUUGGCCAAUGGGCAGACAGCAGAGCAAAUACAGUCUAUGGCUUGGGAUUUUCAUCUGAGCAUCAUCUUUCAAAAUUUGCAGAAAAAUUCCAGGAAUUCAAAGAAGCCGCACGGCUAGCAAAGGAAAAAUCCCAAGAAAAGAUGGAGCUGACAAGUACACCCUCUCAAGAGUCGGCUGGAGGGGAUAUUCAGUCUCCUUUAACGCCAGAAAGCAUUAACGGGACAGAUGACGAGAGAGCUACGCCAGAAGUGACACAGAAUUCAGAACCAAGGGCUGAACCAACCCAGAAUGCAUUGCCAUUUACCCAUAGUUCGACAAUCAGCAAGCAUUGGGAGGCAGAACUGGCCACACUCAAGGGUAAUAAUGCUAAGCUCACAGCAGCCCUGCUGGAGUCCACUGCCAAUGUAAAACAAUGGAAACAACAGCUUGCUGCAUAUCAGGAGGAAGCAGAACGUCUUCAUAAGCGGGUGACUGAGCUAGAGUGUGUGAGCAGUCAAGCCAAUGCAGUCCACACACAUAAAACGGAAUUAAACCAGACAAUACAGGAAUUAGAAUCUACAUUGAAGAAGAAAGAAGAGGAAAUCGAAAGAUUGAAACAAGAAAUUGACAAUGCCAGAGAGCUCCAGGCACAGAGGGAUUCUUUGACCCAGAAGUUACAGGAAGUAGAGAUUCGAAACAAAGACCUGGAAGGCCAGCUGUCUGACCUAGAGCAACGUCUGGAGAAAAGUCAGAAUGAGCAAGAAGCUUUUCGCAAUAACUUGAAGACACUUUUAGAAAUUCUUGAUGGAAAAAUAUUUGAACUAACAGAAUUACGAGAUAACUUGGCCAAGCUAAUAGAAUGCAGCUAAAGAAAAUGGGAUUUCAGUGCCAAUCAGCUUAAAGAUGCACUGUCUCUCUUCAUAGGACUUUGUUGGGCUCUGCAUCAAAGUUGCACAAAAUUAGAAAUGCUCCUCUGAGAGGGUUUGUUUUAAAUUUGAGUCAUAUUUCAAUGUAAAAUUCAGAACUCGGCUUGUAGCUAGCUGAAGAAAAAAAAACAACAAAAAACUUGAAUUACAAAUUACCUCCUUGUACUUUAUUGGCCAUAGAUAACUUGAAUGAUAUUAACAGUAACUGAAUGCAGUCCUUUUCUAAUUAUCGGUAAUGGAACUAUUACCGGUAUCCCAGAUCACAUCCCUUCUUUUGUGAAAGACACAGUAUAGGUUAUCUUCUGUUUCAUUUAUUUGAGAUAUUUAAUUGCUGUGUUUUGUGCAAGAACUUAGUGAUGACAGCCCUGUAUUUUGUUGUUCUUAAUAAUUUCUCAGGAUUCUUUGCGCUGUGGAGAAGCAGUGCCAUUACCAAUUUAUUCUUGCCAGGAGUGAGAGAGAUUUGCAUCUUUAAUUGAAACAAAGUUCCUAAUGGCUUCUGUAAAGUUCUUCCUUCUGGGUAUUUCAGUUGGUUGGUCAGAUGGUUUUUGUUUGUUUGUUUGUUUUUUUAAUCUAUAUAUAUACUGGGAUAUACCGUAUUUCUUUAUGGAGCUUACUCUGGUGUUCUACAGUAUUGUCCACUGUAAGGUUUACAUUAUCAUAUGAAUUCCAUGUAAUUACAGCGAGAUACUAUCUUCCACUAAACCUGUAUGUUGAAGCCAACCAAUGAUGGCAGGUGAGUCCCCGAAGAAAAAAAAGAAAAAAAAGAAAAAAAAAAGAAAAAAGAAAAAAAAAAAAAGAAAAAAGAAAAUGAGAAUUUUAAAUGUAAGAUUUGACAUGCACAGAUAACGAGAAAUAGCUAGUCAUUUGUUGUCUGGCCUUGCUACGUAUAUCAAAUACCUAUGUUGAAUUAACUGUUAGCCUGUUCUGCAGGAAACUUUUUCAGAAUGUCACAGGAAUUUCAGAUUUUGUGAAUAAUGGCUUAUGGGGAGCAAUAUUUAUUAUAGACUGCAUUAAGGGCAAGAGCUUUUGCAAGGGACUGCUUGGACACUGAACUCGUCCAGCCAAGAAAGCUGUUUCUAAAAGUCUUGCUGUCAUAACAAAUUGAAAUGGAGACGUGUUUACUCUUUUUUGGGUCUUCAUAUCACAUCCUUAUUGAAACAACACCAGGCAAUAUUCACAGCUGUUAACAAAAAGCUUAAAAACAGGAAAUAAUUGAAUCCAGCUACCCUCAAUGAGCAGGUUUUAAAGUUGUUUUGAGGAAAUUUUAACAGACUUUUGGCAACCACAUAUUUCUUUAUAUAACAGAAUUACUUAAAAAAAAAAAACAAAAAACAACCAACAAAAACCAACUCUGAAAGGUAAGCCAAGUGUCACGUGUCUUGCAUCAAAGUACAUUCUUGCCAUAAGUUAAUUGCUUGUAAUUUCAAAGAGGGCUUUUUUAAAAUGUAUGAAUGAGUGUCAGACUUCAGAGUUGAAAGAUGCACUGUUUGCUCCCCAAGUUUAUUUGAAUGUUGAACAUGAAAUCUAGCUGCUUAUAAAUUUGUACCACAUACUUUCUCCACUUAGAGACUGCUACUGAAAACUAGAAAGGAUAAGUUUGUUUUUGUGUGUACUGUAUGUAUAUACCAUAUAAUACACACAGGUUCUCGUUUAUAUUAGAAAUACAUGCUUUAUUUCUAAAAUACUGUUCUUUUCUCUUUACCAGUGAUUUAUCAGGUGUCCCCUGGCUAGUCAGGAAAGUGGUUUAGGUCAAACGCUAAACCAUCAUGUAUUAUACUGUAUGUAAUGUACACAAUGUUUAAGUUUUAUCCAUAUUUUUAGGGUAUUUUCUCACCUAUUUUAUUUAUUGAUGGGGUGGAGGAGCUUGAUUCAGUGUGCUACUGGUUGAAAACUUUGUGAUGAGCUACAUGUUUUUCUUUCAGUGAUUUUAGGCAGUGAUGUGUACAUCUUCAUCAGGUCCACGUGAGCAAAUAUCACAAGAUUUCAAUUUAACUGGGGAUGUUUGGGCCCGAUUUUCCUGUCACUUGUGCUGCUGUAAACCAGAUGCGUCCCUGAUGUGGUGUCAGCGAUGUUUAGCUGGCAUAACAUUGGAGGAAAUGCAAGGAGAAUCUGGCCCGUUAAUUAUUGCUCAGUGGACAUAAUAAGGAUGAAGAAAGAAUAAAAACAUUAGAAACUUGAUGAUGGAAUAAAUGUAAUAUUAUUUUUAAUGAUAUUAUUAUUGACAUUUUUAAAGAUAUGAUGUCAUUUACAUGUGGGAAAAUAGUGGACAGAAAUACUUCCACUUAAAUUUUGUGAAUAUGUGUGGUACAUGAGUAUUUCUAUGUAUACGUACACACACAUAUGUAUAUAAAGAACAUGAAAAAAUUUAGAUGUGCACAUUUUUAAUAUUUUCCUAUUGAAAUUAAAUUUUAAAUUGGAAAUUGAUAUUUGAGAAUUUCUUUUCUCAUUCAGUAGAUAUGCUUCAUUUCAUUUUUUACAAUUACUGAGGGCUGCACCUUUGAAUUCCCAAACAGUUGUCAAACAUGAGUAUGGGAUAAGGUGGACUUACGUGCACAUAUAAAUAAAAUCCGAAUGCUACGAGUAUUUUUAAUGUUGAUUUACAAUAGGUGGGUGUUUAGAAUUUGAAACCUGAGGUUCAUUCAUAGGUGGUUAUGCCUACUGUAGCCUCUCCAGCUCUGUUUUAAGGUAAUAGUUCGCCUCUUUGAAACGUGACUUUUCCCAGGGACGGGUAUUACGGAUUGUAUCUGUCUUUGAUGAAACUAUGGGAAUGUGUGCACCUGGAAACACUGCUGAGUACUACAGGUUGAAAAACGAAUGUGUUCUUGUACAGGAGAGGCAAGCAGCCACAUUGCAUAAACUUUGUUAAAUGGCAACUUAUAAAACAAAACAAAACAAAACAAAAAAGAGCAACAAGAAUUGCAGUGAAAAAAAAAACCAAACUGACAAACAUCCAACAAAAACUGAAGAAAAAUCAGAAAUACAGUUUUUAUUUUGAAAUACACUUGCUGUUCUCUGGAGAAUGUACUUUUACUCUUUAUUUUCUUCCUUCUAUCUUUUCAAGUAUGUGCAAGUGAUAGCAGCAGCUACCUUAAUCUUUCAGGUGCUACUGGAUUUUGCAUUAGCGUGUUAUGUUGUGAAAUCCUGACUCUGACAUAAAAGAUUUUUGUAAGUAUAUUCCCGUCCAGAUAGUUGGUUUUUGGAGUGUCUUGUUCAUAAUCCAUAUGCCUCGAUGAUCCAGAAAUUGCAUUUUUCUAUGUGCACAAAGUAAAAUGUGUGAAUUAAUGUCUGUUACAGACUGGGGAUUCCUUUUCCUGGCUAACGUACCAGGAAAGAGGCAAACAAAAUGAACUGAUAAUGCAGAAAUAUUGUUAUAAAGUCUCUACGAAAAUACAUUUUCAGGUAAAAUAUAAUAAAGGGCUAAAACAGAUGUAACACAAAUAAGUAUCGUUUAAUGCUAUUGGUGGCAUUCUGAGGGUAAUUCCUUCACCAAGAACCCUGCAGGAAUGAGCAAUGCGUCAAUUAAAAUGAAUGCUUUGGGA